AUGGGUGUGGACUAUAGGAGGGCACCACCAUUACCUGCACCGACCGAGUCCGAGUCUAUGAUCUCUCCCACAGAACCUGCCCAAUCCGAAUUGUCUCAAGUAACCGAUAAAGAAUCACAUUACUCUCUGCCAGAUGACGGGACGCCGGUAACUAUCAAGACGCGUGGUCAUAGGGCAAAUAAGUCGCAAACCUCGUUGUUGAUCGAGUACUUCGAGGGCGGCAAAUCAUCAACUAGCGGAUCGAGAGCAACGGAUCGGAAGCCAAGUGUCCGUGUCCGCCUGACGCCUUCCAAGACUCGGGGCAACAACGACCAUAUUCAGAUAACUGAGACGAGAAGUUCAAGGGUAACUUCACUGUCGAAAAAAGCGCUUGCAACUGCAAACCUAAAUAGCGAAUUAGACUUAUCUGAACUCGAAGACGACCACAGCAUGCAUUCAUACGCUUCUGCAACGGAGGAGUCCACUAUCUCUCGACAACCGAUCGAGGUGGACAUUGACCCUGGAUCUGGCCACACUCGCCGUCGUCGCAAGGUCUCCAGCCCACUCAUCCCAGCGGCUGACAGCAAGUCAUCCACCUACAACGCUGGGAAUAUGUCAGAUAUUUCUGCCAUCCCAACCGAUAGUUUCCUUGAUGGAUCAGGCCCGAGUAAUUCUCGUGAAGACCCCUAUGCUUAUAAUUCAACACCAUUGGCAGCUGCUGGCGACAAAGCAAACCGCAAGCAACGCAGUGAACACCACGGAAGCACCACACAUAAGUCAAGCAAGCCAGAGCGGAGACAUAAGUCAAAAAGCCGGGCUAGUAAUGUCAUAGAGAAAGAAGUUGACCACAGGAGCUCCCCACGACGGAAAUCGAAAGGGACGACACAUAAAGAAUCUGUUGUCUCAGCUGCUGAUCCUAGCGUUCUCUCGCAAAUCUCACAACUAACGCCAAGUCAUCGAUCGUAUGACUCACAUUCCUCUUCUAAAAUAUCCAUAAACAACCCGAAACUCCUCGAGACGGUUGAAGAUGCGAUUCGUAGGCUCAUAUUACCGGAACUUGACGCUAUCAAGCGAGAAAGGAGCCAGCGAGAAACCAAGCCCAAAGAUCGGGAGUCAUUAUCCAGUCUUACUUCGGUAUCGCGAGAGGAUAUUACAGCUGCUGACAAGCGGAUAUCUGUCGAUACCAAAAAAUCAAAUAGGUCAAGAGGCCGUGAAGCCAGGAACGACCUUUCUCCUCAGAGCAGCAUUGGUCAGUUUUCGUAUAUAGAAGAUGCACAGGAUGAUGAUGCAACACCACGCCGUAGUCGAGACCUUCUCACAGAUGCCGCCCUGGGGGCGGCAGUCGGUGCGGCAGCUCUACGUUCCAAAUCUCGGGGAGAUGAAAAGCGCCAACGGAGGCGGCGAAGAGCGGAAACACCAAAACGCGAACUUGACGAAAAGUUCGAGGAUGAGGAAGCCGACCACAAAGUCGAACCACCCAUGCCGCUGACUAGCGAGAUAAAUCCCUCCGAGAUGACUAGGACCUCUAUAUUAUCAGCUGACACGGACCGGCCUCAAUCUGCUAGUGAACAGAUGAUGCCCAUCCGUGAAGUUGCUAGAGGCGUUGCUUCUAUGGAAUCCAUGGAUGAUUCGACGACUCCGACAAGAUCGCCUGUCAAUACUUUGCAGAACUUGGGUGCUCAACACGCCAACGUUUCCCAUGGUGAUCUUCGUGCCCUCCCACGCAAAGGGCCAGCACAACACCCAGAUUAUGAAGGUCAAGGCUACGACCCUGCAUACUCUCAGCAGGACGUUUAUGACGAAGAUGAGUAUGACGAGCCAGGCCAUUUAGGCGAACCUGGCGUGUACGAAGAUGAUUCUCUAUACUACGACUCCCAGCAUGUGCCGGCCCCACUGCGGUAUGUCCCAUAUCAACAAGAGAGACGGGGACUCAGCCCGAUACAGAGUGUCUCAGGAUAUACUGAGGGCGAGAGUGAGGUUCAGGGUUAUCGCGACUCGCGGGUCACAGCCAGCGAUUUAUCCUCUCCCUCAAAAUCACCCUACCACGACCGAGAGCUUCGCUCACAAGGUUCUGUGCCAAGUAAUAUGCGCAGCCGUGAAUUUGGCGAUGAAGGAAGUAGCAUAUUGAGCUCUGGCCUUGGCUACAGAAACACGGUAUAUACCGAAAACAGCGAUAUUGGACCAGUAACUUCGGGCCAAGCUGUCAAGUACAUUGAAGGUAACCCCGAAGUGGUUCAUCAACAAUUCGGACCCGAGUCUGCAGUUGCUUCACUAGUUGACCCUUCGAUGAUGAGCGGAUCUGUUGGUGGUGGGCAGGAUUAUAGAGACUCGCAAGUGUCAUACAAUGAAAGCUCCAGAGGUAUUAGCCCAAUCAAGCAAUCAAUGGGCCCCAUGGAACAGGCUACUCAUUCGCCAUCGCCUUCAAGAGAACACGAGGGCUCAACCGCUUCUCAUCAGUUUGCCGAAUACGAGCUCAAUGAGUAUGGGCAAAAAGUCCCCCAAUCGGCACAUCGCCACUCACCAACCACAUCAGAGUCUGCAAUUACUGCUGCUGCUCUUAGUCGAGCUGCGGCCGCCGAACUCAAGAAGCUAAAUCAAGAGAGUAAGCCAUUGAACGAGGAAAACGGGGAAGAGGAGUCCGCUCCUGUCGGCGUCUUUCGAAACAAAUCAUUCAAAGACAGAGCUAGGAAUGGUUAUCGACCCGACACGACGCCACGUCACAGCGUGGAUCGUCUUUAUAGUGAAGGCCAGCCAAAGAUGGAGGCUAAUGGCUUACCAGACUUCAAUAACCCAGAGCCAGAGAUCGGAUAUGGUUAUGAUGACGACCAACUAUCAAUACAACGCACCCCGUCUGCCGCGGAUGAAGUCUUUGACCACAUUCGCCCAGACUACAUGAGCCAAUGGCAGGAACCAGCCACCCCAACUCAGGAGGCAGCAAAUGGCUUUGAUCGCUCUGUGACUCCGACACCAGUUAAGAACAACGCGACUGCCGGCGUAAUCGCCGCCUCGCAUAGUAGGCAGCCCAGUCAAGAACAGGAUGAUGAGUGGCAGCGGACAUCAGGCGACAGGAAGAGAGAUACUCUGGUCACGAACCCUUACGAGGGGGCCAGCCCUAUCGCUAAUUUGCCUGGCAUUGAUGGGAACAUGUUCGGCGCCGCUGGCUACGGAGCCGACACCUACAGGGGUGCGUUUCAUACCGGUAGUCCUGGAAUGGGAGGCGCUGACGAAGGCUACAUUUCGGCAGCUCCCAACGAAGCACGUGAUAUCAGGGGUAAAGCACCUGCGAAUAUUGAUGAUCCCUUCUAUGCCCCUAAGGAUCUGAGACUUAGUGGCAUGUCCCAGGGGAUGCAAACACCUCUGUUCGAUCCUGCUACAGGGACCGGUAUCGACAGGAUCCAGAGCAAAGACAUCAUUGCCUUGAUGGAGCAUCUCAUGGUUCGCGAUGCUCAGAGGAGUGCUAGAGACACCGAAAUUUUAGUGACUCUGGUUCGCUCGGCCGCCGAGAUGCGCAACUCUUUUGAUGAUAUCAAGAAAAUGCUGGCCGAGACAGAAGAUACCAUUGUCAAUGAUGUCAAUGCUAAUACCGAAAAGAGCAUUAAGCGCCAUCUUGGUGGCCCGAGACCUUUCCCUGGAAGCAGUGCGAGAUCUGUCCAAGGUAGCUCCCAAGCUGGUACCGAGGAUAUGCGAGCCAAGAAACGCAACAUAUUGCGGAGGGCGCUACAAGGACUAAGCGCCAAAGGCACGAGCGAUCUGAGCAGAAUAGAGGAUAUGCUUAUCCAGCUACUGACGGACGUUGACGUCCUCAAACACCAGACGGCCGUUCCUGUUGGCAUGAUGAGCACACGCGCUCCAUCCGUGGACAACUUCCAGCCCGAGAUCCCAUAUGAGCAGGACCGUGGUUAUGAACCAGAAGGCAAUGCAGGCACAUCCACUGCGAGCCACGCCAGUCAAUCAGGGCACCUUUCAAUUCCUCAGUCUCGAGGACCAUCUAUGAGAGCAGCAAGUGAGCGAAAGUUCAGCGAUCACCGUAUCAGCACUGUCCAAGAAGAUGAGGGUGAGUAUGAGCAGACUCCUGGAACCGCACAAAAUCGUUUGUCCCGAGACGGCAUGUUGUCACCACCCAGCGAGAGACAAAGGGGCGGCUCCGUUCCUUUAGGAACUCCGCCUCAGACCUCUCACGGCCUCCAAUUAUCGGCUAGCAACGAGAAUACUCCACGAACUGCUGACAGCAAGAGGAAAUCCAAAAGUUCCAGUUUCUUCCCUAAAAUUUCACGCUGGUCGGAGACAACAGCCUCUAGCUUAGGCAAAGCGUUCCGUAGCAGUGGCAGCUCUCGCAAACAAGAAGCCGCAGAUGAUUUCCCGCAGCAACCUCCCUCCCGCUCAGGUUCUGACCUGGCAGACUUUGAUCCCUACCUGCAGCAGGAUCAUUAUGGGGAUGACAAGCUUCACACAGGCUUUUCAGCACCUGAUCUACUCCCUCAAGGCAUGGACAGUCGUGGUACUCCCGGAUUAAGUCAACAAACCACCGCGCCCAUGACGUAUGCCACCCCUGAAGAUCCUAAAUACCGGGCUCAUCGCGAUUCGCUUAACCUCCAACACCCACAGCCUCGGCCUGGUCAGACAGAACGCUUCCGCACCGCGCUUGAGACGUCCGCUGCAGACUACGACUCGCCCAUGUCUCCCAGAUCAGCUGACUGGGCCAGAUCAGACACAUCGCUUCACAGGUUCCCCCAACAAAAUACCAACCGUUAUAGCGACAACAGUGCUUCUAAUGCUAGAGAGGAUUACAACUGGGGUGGAGCGGCCUCUCCAAGCUCUCAGGGACCUGCACGUCCUCCCAAGGAGCCGCUAGAUACACAUUCUACAGGCGCACAGACGCCACCACAGAACGCCAGCGCGAGUAAGCUACUGCAGAAACAGGGUAGCCCACUGCCUUACCAGAGUGUUGAGAGUGGUUACGGCACAGCUACUGCCACUCAUGUUGGAAGUUACCACUCGGGAAGCCCGAGGUUUGAGAACAAGAACCUAAGCGGAGCUCUUGGUAUGCCAACCAGAAGGCCAAGUGGACCCAGAGCCAUGACCCCGUCCCGAAGUGAGGACGGCGAGAAGGAUGACCGGCGACGCAAGCGUGAUACCUUUGGUACAAUUGCUAGCCCUUCCAGUGCGUUGAGCCAGGAGUCCGAGACGUUUUAGGGGAAACGCUCAGGACUACUUGACAUCAUCACGCCUUCGUCACCAUUCAAAGUCGACUUCAAGAACAUGAAAUAAUGAAACCCACUGCUCGAAAAUAAUACUUCUUCGACUACAUAGUAUACUAAUUAUCGCCCCCUUUGACUACCUAUAUCAAAUCUAAGGAUUCUUCAUUUUACCCGUUGGGGUCUAUGGGAGGCGAACUCUGUCAAAAAAUUUGAUAAAAAUACUCGGAGCGCUGGGUGUGCUCAGAGACCUCGAUGG